GGAUACAAGGGACUUAAACCAUGCAGACCCCAAAGACAAGAACUAGCUCCUCUGAGGUGCCUCAGAAGGUUCCUCCUCGUGCAGGACGCCAACCCAGGCCUUCUACACUAGACACCGAUUCUGCAUCUUCCUUAAACCAAGCUAAUAAAACACCAAAGGAUAGAAGUCCCAAAGUCGCUGAGCGUAGAUCACCCAGAAGCCCAGCUCCGGAGAGGAAACGCCCUAGCAGAAUAUCUGAGUUGGAAUCUCAACUUUCUCAGCUUAAAGAGGAUUUGAAGGUGGUGAGGAACCAACUCAGUUUAUCUGAAUCAUGCAAGAAGCAAGCUCAGCAAGAUGCUGAAGAGUCCAAGGAGCAACUAGUUGCCUUGUCUGUGAAACUUGAAGAUUCUCAAGAGCAACUUCUGAAGCUCUCUUCCACUGAAGAAGCGCGUGUUAUUGAGCUCCAGAAAACCAUAGAAGAUCACGAUAAGGCAUGGCAAUCCGAGCUGGAGGCUGCCCGAAAGAAGCUGUCAGAAAACUCUGCUGCAUUAACCUCUGCCAUCAAUGAAAUUCAGCAGCUCAAGGUUCAACUUGAACUAGUAGCUAAUUGUGAGAAUGCACACACCCAAAUUGCUGAAUCAUCAGACGUGGAACUUCAAAACCUUAAGCAUAACUUAGCAGAAUCUCUCUCUCUUGUGGAGAACAUGAAAACACAGCUAAGGGAUUGCAAGGAAUCAGCUCAGGCUCAAGCUUUGGUGAAUGAGACUUUGAGACAACUUGAGGCUGCAAAAAGAACUGUUGAAUUCCUAAGGGCUGAUGCUGCAAAAGCUGUGCAUGGAUACAACUCUACUGCUUUAGAAUUAGACCAAUCUAGAGCAAGGGUGAACUCACUAGAAGCACUUGUAAGCAAACUAGAGUUACCCCUUAUCAAUAACAAAUACAACCUUUCUUCAAAUCUUGCAGAUGAUGGUAAAAUGGAGCAGAAAGCUGAAAGACUAGAAAAGGGUGAGGAUCAUAAUCACAUUGAAGCAGAAAUUUAUUCUUUGAAGUCUGUCAUAGAGACUGCUGACACUAAAUACCAGGAAGAACAAAUUCAAAGCUCAGUGGAGAUCAGGAAUGCCAAUGAGUUGAUAGAAAAGAUAAAAUCAGAUUCAAGUCAAAGAGAACUUGAUUUAGAGGCUGAAUUGGAAAGAAAGAAAGCUGAAAUUGAAGACUUGAAAGCGAACCUAAUGGAUAAGGAAACCGAGUUGCAAGGCAUUGUGGAGGAGAAUGAGAAGUUGAACUUGCAGCUUCAAAACAGCAUGUCAUCCCAAAGAGAACUUGAACUUAAAAGGCAACUUCAAAGACUAGAUGAAUAUGUGGCUCAAUUGAAGGCUGAUCUGAUGGACAAAGAGACAACAUUGCAAAGCAUAUCCGAAGAGAAUGAAAUGCUGAAGUUGGAAAUCAGCAAGAGGUUUGCACAUGGUGGUAAAGUGAGUGAGGAAAUGGAUGCAGAACUAGAGGCAGCUAAGGCUGCAGAACGUGAAGCUGUAAUGAAACUUGGGAUUGUGAUGGAGGAUGCAGAUAGGUGCAACAAGAAGGCAACGAGGGUGGCGGAACAGCUUGAAGAAGCACAAGCAGCAAAUUCAGAAAUAGAAGCUGAAUUGAGAAAAUUGAAGGUUCAGUCUGAUCAGUGGAGGAAGGCUGCAGAAGCUGCUGCUGCUAUGCUUUCAGCUGGGAACAAUGGGAAACUCACUGAGAGGUCUAUGUCUUUGGACAACAACUAUAACUCUCUGAUGGAUAAGUACUCACCCUUCUGUGAAGAACUUGAUGAUGAUUUCCAGAGAAAGAAAAAUGGCAACAUGCUCAAGAAGAUUGGGGUCUUGUGGAAGAAACCUCAAAAAUAGUCACUUUUGAUUCAU